AUGUUGAAGAUCUUUGAAGUUAUAACAUCGGUGUUACGAGAGUCAAAGGUUACAAUAUUGGUGUCAGAAAGUACAUCAGCACAGCAGAGUGUUGAAGAUAAUUACACUCAACCAGCCAACAUACUGACAAGACAACAGCAAAGACUACGCUUUUCUCAAAGGUUGCUGGACACGAGUGUUAUCAUCUUUGCCAGUUCAGCACAAACUGAAAAAGAUUUGAGUUCAGUUGGUCUCACAGUCACAGAUGCUCGAUCAAGUCUGUAUGCAUGGAAAGAUGAAAAACUGGAAUUAAUUAGAUGGGGUUGUCGAGCUUCCAUAAUACAUAAGAUAUUGAUAAAGUCUAACCUUCACUCAUUGUGGAACAGCGACUAG